GAUCAAUGAGAUAGUGCAGAUACACACAGAUCUAGAGACUCCAGGAGACGAUGCGACACUCAGCCUGAAAAGAUUUGGAAGAUCCAAAAUGAAAACUGAUUAUUGAAUGAAAUUAAAACCUAAGGUAAUUUAAGAUUAGAGAACCAUGUUAACACUACCGUUUGAUGAGUCUGUUGUAAUGCCAGAAUCCCAGAUGUGCAGAAAGUUUUCUAGAGAAUGCGAGGACCAGAAGCAAAUUAAGAAACCAGAAAGCUUUUCCAAACAGAUUGUCCUUCGAGGAAAGAGCAUCAAAAGAGCCCCGGGAGAAGAAACGGAGAAAGAGGAAGAGGAGGAAGACAGGGAAGAGGAAGAUGAAAAUGGCUUGCCCAGAAGGAGGGGUCUUAGAAAAAAAAAGACAACCAAGCUGCGACUCGAAAGGGUCAAGUUCAGGAGACAGGAAGCUAAUGCGCGGGAGAGGAACCGGAUGCACGGCCUCAACGACGCUCUGGACAAUUUAAGAAAAGUGGUCCCCUGUUAUUCUAAAACCCAGAAACUGUCCAAAAUUGAAACUUUACGACUGGCCAAAAACUACAUUUGGGCACUUUCAGAAAUUCUAAGAAUCGGCAAGAGACCCGACCUGCUCACGUUCGUCCAAAACUUAUGCAAAGGUCUCUCCCAGCCCACUACAAACUUGGUGGCUGGCUGCCUGCAGCUCAACGCCAGGAGUUUCCUGAUGGGGCAGGGCGGGGAGGCCGCGCAUCACACCCGGUCACCCUACUCCACUUUCUACCCGCCCUACCACAGCCCUGAGCUCACCACCCCCCCGGGGCAUGGGACUCUUGAUAAUUCCAAGUCCAUGAAACCCUAUAAUUAUUGCAGUGCGUAUGAAUCCUUCUAUGAAAGCGCCUCCCCUGAGUGUGCCAGCCCUCAGUUUGAAGGUCCCUUAAGUCCUCCCCCAAUUAACUAUAAUGGGAUAUUUUCUCUGAAGCAAGAAGAAACCUUGGACUAUGGCAAAAAUUACAAUUACGGCAUGCAUUACUGUGCAGUGCCACCCAGGGGUCCCCUUGGGCAGGGUGCCAUGUUCAGGUUGCCCACCGACAGCCACUUCCCUUACGACUUACACCUGCGCAGCCAAUCCCUCACCAUGCAAGAUGAAUUAAAUGCAGUUUUUCAUAAUUAAUGAGGAAAAUGAAAAUAAACAGUGGUCAUUCACCUCCCCCCAUCUAAUUAAGACAAAGCAGAUGCUUGUGGGCUGAGUAAUUGGCACAACUCUAUCUAAGGUGUUCCCUAGUUCCUGAAGUGUGUUUCAACUAUUGUGAGGAUUUUCUAGGUAACAAUAAACCUCUUUUCUUAAGAGAACUCCUUUUCCUUUCCUUUUGUCUGUAAAGCACUGUGAUUCUGUUUCUACAGGAAGAAUUCUUUUCUGUGGUUUUGGCUUUUCUUUUAAAUUCACAAUUUGUUUGAACGAGGUGUCUCAGAAUAUACUGUUGAAUAAAGACAUGCAUCCAGCAAAACUCACUGUCUGUUUCAGUUGUACAGUAAUUAUAAACGUGCAUGUUAUUAAAAUAAGAUGAAUAAAAUGAUGUGUUUCUAAUGAUUAGGAAUUAUAUAUUAUGUAUCUCUGAAAAAUUGGAAAUUUAAUAUAUGGAAAAUAACACCAAGCUGACAAUGAUAUUGGAAGGUGUAUUUGAAAAUGUGCAACAAUAUAAAAAAAGCUAUGCAAUUUUCUUUUUAUCAAGGACAAAUCUAAAUGCAUUCAAUUGGUAAUAAUUCCUCUUCAAGUAUUUGCAGGUGGGGCAAGAUAUUUGGGUUG